UGCCGCGCAGCAUGCUGGGAAAUGGAGUCCCCGCCCGCUCUUACCUCAGUGGUGGCGGCCGGGCGGUGGCAGCGGGAGCACGUCCCGGCCCUUGGGGAGGGCUCCGCGGUGGCGGGGAGCUCAGGCAGCCCUGACGGGGGGCACACCGUGAAGCUUAAUUAGCGGCCGGGCACACUCAGAGCGGGGCCGCUCCGGUCUGCCGGUACAGGCCGGCGGCUCGAAGGGAGCCUGCGUCGGCGCGGCUGAGGCGCCCUGGCGGUGCCGGCCGCCCUGCGUAAGGCGAAGCGGUGGGGCAGCCCCUGGUCCCGUCGGCGCGAGCGGGCGGCGAUGCGGAGCCGGCCGGGGCACUUCGUGGACCUGCGGCUGAAGCAGCGCGUUAAGCAGUAUCUUGCAAGCAGUAAAUGUGGCCAGUAUGUUGACAUUGGGAUCCUAGCAUCUGAUUUGCAGAAAACCUACAGUGCAGACUAUGGACGAAGAAAACGAAAUGCUUUUAGAAUACAAGUUGAAAAAGUGUUUGGAAUAAUCAGUAAUGAAAAAGAACGUGAAGAUUUAGCGGGUUUAGAAGCUGAACAUGUGGCAAAAAGAGCAAGACAGCAAGAGAAAAAUGAGACUGCAGGAAGUGCCACAGAUGACUCUGAUUAUGAUGAUUAUCCAGAAGAUCUAUCUACAAAUCACAUGAACAGUUCCCUGCUGAGCUUAUACAAGAAAGGAAAUGCUGAUUCUGUUCCAACCACUCCAAAAAAUGAACCAAUGGAAACCCCCCCUCCUGUGCAAACAGCACCUCAAACAAGCACCCUCUCAGCAGGAGCAAGAGUUGAAACACGCAUCUCUGAAGGUGGCUGGUUCAUUGAUAAAACUCCAUGUGGCAAAGACUUUUUCAUUGACCUUUCUGAGGAUGGAGAAGGAGAUGAAAAGAAACUGAUUUCUGAGAAAUCAACAGAAGUGUCUGUCUUGGAGAGUGAAAGAAAGAAGACAAAGGGUAAGAGAGCAAAAAGAAAAAAAGAAGAAUUUCCAGAUGUAGAUGGAGAAAUUAAUUCCAUCUUGCUUAAAGAGAAAGUUAGAAGUAAGGGACCAGAGCUUUACCACCCUUCAGUGAAGUUUGAGGAUGUAGGAGGCAACGAUGGAACUUUAAAGGAAAUAUGCAAGAUGCUCAUUCAUGUCCGUCACCCUGAAGUCUAUAAGCACUUAGGUGUGGUUCCACCUCGGGGUUUUCUUUUACAUGGACCACCAGGAUGUGGAAAGACACUACUUGCACAGGCAAUUGCUGGGGAACUUGAGCUCCCGAUGCUGAAAGUGGCAGCAACAGAGGUGGUGUCUGGAGUGUCAGGGGAAUCUGAGCAGAAACUGAGAGAACUGUUUGAGCAGGCUGUGUCCAGUGCACCAUGUGUCCUUUUCAUUGACGAGAUUGAUGCCAUCACCCCAAAAAGAGAGGUUGCAUCGAAGGACAUGGAGCGGAGAAUUGUCGCUCAGUUCCUAACUUGUAUGGAUGACUUGAAUAACGUGGCUGCGACUACCCAGGUCCUUGUUAUUGGAGCAACUAACAGGCCUGACUCACUGGACCCUGCACUGAGGCGAGCUGGGAGAUUUGAUCGGGAAAUUCGCUUAGGGAUCCCAGAUGAAGCAGCAAGAGAAAAAAUUCUUCGGACUUUGUGUCGAAAACUUAAGCUCCCAGAAUCCUUUGAAUUUCAUCACUUAGCACGGCUGACUCCGGGUUAUGUAGGUGCUGAUCUGAUGGCACUUUGUCGUGAGGCAGCUAUGUGCACAGUCAACAGGGUCCUGAUCAAAUCUGAGCAACAGCAAAGGAAACACAUACAUGUUGGAGGAAAUUCAGCUGAAGAAAGCAUGGGAAUAGAAACAGACAUCUUGGUGGAAGAGGAUGCCAAACAACUAGAACUUCCUCCUAAGGAUGAACUGCAGAGGCUUUUGGAUUUGCUGAAGAAGCAAGACCCCUUGCCCGAGGAGCAGCUGCAGAAGCUGUGCAUUGAGAUGAAUGAUUUUAUUGUUGCACUGUCAUCUGUGCAACCCUCUGCCAAGAGAGAAGGCUUUGUCACAAUUCCUGAUGUGACAUGGGCAGAUAUCGGAGCCCUGGAGGAUGUUCGGGAGGAGCUGACUAUGGCAAUAUUGGCACCUGUGCGAAACCCAGAGCAGUUUAAAGCUUUGGGCCUGACUACUCCAGCUGGUGUGCUCCUUGCAGGGCCUCCUGGAUGUGGCAAAACGCUGUUAGCUAAGGCCGUGGCAAAUGAGUCUGGGCUGAACUUUAUAUCCGUGAAAGGCCCCGAACUGCUAAAUAUGUAUGUUGGUGAAAGCGAACGUGCUGUACGUCAGGUAUUCCAGCGUGCCAGGAAUUCAGCCCCCUGUGUUAUAUUCUUUGAUGAAGUUGAUGCUUUGUGCCCUCGGAGGUCUGACCGUGAAUCAGGAGCCAGUGUCCGAGUAGUUAACCAGUUACUCACAGAGAUGGAUGGUCUGGAGAAUCGUCAGCAGGUUUUCAUUAUGGCUGCCACAAACAGGCCAGAUAUAAUUGACCCAGCUAUCCUGCGCCCUGGGAGACUGGAUAAAACACUUUAUGUGGGUUUGCCACCACCUGAAGAUCGACUUGCGAUUUUAAAGACCAUCACCAAAGAUGGCACCCGGCCUCCACUAGAUACUGAUGUAAGCCUUGAAGAAAUUGCUUACAGUCAACAUUGUGAUUGUUAUACAGGGGCAGACCUUUCCGCUCUAGUGCGUGAAGCUUCAAUUUGUGCCUUAAGGCAGGAAAUGGCCCUGCAGAAUACUCAAAGCAAGAAAGGAGAAAUCAAGAUUUCCUGUAAACACUUUGAAGAAGCUUUUAAGAAAGUGAAAUCUUCAGUAUCAAAAAAGGACCAAAUCAUGUAUGAAGAACUACGUCAGUCACUGUGCAGGUGACACCUUUGGACAAUCUCCAAGAGACUUACUCUACGUUGGUGGGGAUUUGGCAAUACGUGUGCCCGGUUUCAAGAGACGGGUUGGGAAGAAGCUGUGCUAAAUAUCUCUGAAACUUUUUAAAGUGUACCUGGAAAAAGGUCAUAAUGAUCCUCUGCUCUAAACCAUCCUUAUUUUAAUUGUUUCCAGAAUAAAAAAUACAAUAUACUUCCUGCUUAUCAACAUUUACAUUUUUAAAAAUGAAUGUUUUUUGUGCUAAAUACCAUUCUGAUAUACUUGGUGCCCUUAAUCAGGAAGCCCUCAGAGACAGAGAGACUAACCAUUCCAAGUGUUUACACUGCUCAAACAGUUUUUUUCAACCAUGAAAUGAAAAUAGCCAAGGUUUCAGGAAGGAAAACUCUUGAAGAAUCACUGGGAGGCCAGAGCUGGGCAAUCAGACUGGGAAAGUGCUGUGCUCUGUGUUACCGUAACAUGAAUCAUGCCUUUCCCAGAUACACUGACACAUUAUGAUUGCGUUGGCAGGUUUCACAGAGCUUCUAACAGCUUCCCUUCACCUUAUCAAAGGAAGGUAUGCACAGAUGGCAAACUGUCUUCAAGUUACCUAGGAGAGAGUAAAGUUUGGAAGUGCUAUGAUAGUGUAACAGCCAUAUAAGAAGCAUUUGAAAUGGUAAGAUUUAUCCAACAAGCUGAUUCUUAAUUAAUUUUCUUAAACUGACAAAUCUGCAGCAGAAAUUCUAUUAUGCAUUUGAAUUUCUUAAUUCAAGUGUUUUGACAUCCUCUGGAGGAAGGAAAAUGUUACUGUUUUGAGACACAGGCCAAGAGCCUCAAGUUUUUUCAAAUACAAAAAAAUUCCAUCUUGGAAGGAGGUCAUAGCUUUCAGCAUCAAACUGAGAAGUAUCUGAGUUAAGACACACCACUGAAAUGUGACAGACACAGCAGUUGAUUUCUGAAACCUACAAACCCUCAUGGAUAUUUUUUUUUACCACUGUCAUCAUUCUGCAAAGUUCUUUAAUGAUUAAUCUCAGUUCCUAUCUGUGAUCAAUCUUAAGCUUAUUAAAAGCACUUCAACCAAUCAA